CGGUAUACCCAUGGGAACUUUCCACAGACAAAUUUCCAAGUUUUAUACUAUGUCGUAGGUCUGGGAUCCACGGGUUUUUAGACUAUAAUAAGUAAAAGGAUCAUCGAAACUUUAUGGACAAAUUCGUUCUCGCUGUAUAAAACGUAUAAAUAUAUCCAAUAUUCUCUUGUUUAUCAACUCAGUGCAAUUAAUGAGCGAAUGGAUUGAAUGUCGUUAGAAUCCAACGAAUCCACUAACAAUCGGGUGAUUCCCCGCAAACCAUUGCCGUGGAGUUUCGUCGGCAGCGCCAUGAAGUGGCGACUUCGAAUAAUCGGCUGACGUGAUGUCAGUUCAAUGGCUUGAAUAGGAAUAAUAAAUUUUUUCGCACUUAUCCGUCAAAAUUUCAUCUUUAGUGUAGCUCCUGUAAGACUUCUCCGGUUCGUAGUAAGAAAAAAUUCUCCAGGAUUCUACAUUCCUUUUUUGUGUACGAAUUGAAAAAACAUUAAACAGUAUUUCGCAAACGAGUCCCCGUGCAGUUUAGUGUGGAAAGGAAACGUUCGGGCGUUGUGUCAUAGUUUUAAAUGUUUUAAUAUUGAUUAUGGCGACCAGUUUAACGGUAGGCGGCCCCCCGAUAACUGGAACCGCUGAUAAUCAGUUUUUUUACGAGGACGAGGUGUUUCGCUUUGACAAGAAGGGCCGUGUACGGUUUGGGCUGGUGCUUGAAAAUUCAGAAGCCUUUUCCAGUGACGAUGAGGACGACUUCGAUAUGGCCCUGUCCAAGGGCGAGAUACGCGUUGCCUGGCAUCCCUAUGGCGAUGAGGAAACACUUCAGGAGCGGACGGUUGGCCUAACAGAUCGUACUCUAAUGCCUGGCGAUGUCGUUCGACGUCUCGUACCUGGAAAAGACACUCAACGUGGCUAUUGUCGCGAGAUUAGCAUGCGAGCUGAUGUAAGGAUUGUCGGCACAAAGUACGUUGUGAAGAAUGUUAUGGGGGAAAGAUUGCGCCCAAUACAAACAAUUCCUCGCGACAAUGCAGUAUGUUUGGAUUCGUGGGUUGGUAGCACAAAAUGCAUUAAUGAAAAAGUAGUUUUAAUGUCCUCUUGUGGUGCUUUGAUUGAAGUCCCGGAUGGCGAACUUCUUCAUCUUAAAGAUGUUAAUACCAAAUAUAGAAAUGGUCUGUUCGCGGAGACUUUUUUUUAUCCUGGUCAAGUGGUCACUGGGCGUUUAGAUUCAUUGGAUAACGUGAAACUGCUAACGCCAACCGGGCUGAAAACGAAUAAAAAAGGAAAGUUAUUGUCAAGAAAGUUCGUUGUGAAAUCUGUGCAAGUUGAAGGCAUCUGGGUGCAUUGGCAAUGCAAAGCACUUUCCGAAGAUAGCGUCGAUUUGAAAACAGGAGUGCUACAACAGCCUAAGCCGUAUGUUACGGGAGACGAUCUGAAACGAUUAAAACGCCUAAAUUUAUUCGAAUCGUGUAUGUUGCAAAUAAACGAUAAAAAUUAUUUGAAAAUAACUGACUGUGAUGUGAUAAUUCGUAAAUCGCAAUGGGAAAAAGAGCAAGCUAUUAAAUAUAAAAUCAUCCUAUCCCAACAACAAAAAGAUGAACCCAACGUUCCUAGUCAAAAUUCAACGAAUUCCUCUUCAACAACAGCCGCCACCAAACCCGAAAAAGUGAAGAUUAAGUUGCUCUCGAGUACUGUUACAGAGCCAGAGAAGAAAUCUAAAUCUCAGCAUCAUGUUGCCAAUUUGCGAUCGAAUCACAAUUAUAAUUUAGAAAGAAUUUUUUCGAAGGAGAGACAUGAGACUGAAAUGAAAUCAGCAGAGAAGUCUGAUACGAAAACGAAAAGCACAACUCCCGCCACUACCACUGAAACCUCAACAAAAAAGGAAGGUUCGGACGACUGGCAAACGGACGAAGAUGACUUGGAUGGUGACGAUGAUGAAUCUAUAACAGACAGUGCCACCAACGCUUCUUCAUGUUCAAGUCCAACUCCAAAGAGUAGUCCAAAGCAUCGGCCGUUAAUUCAAAAGAAACAUGUGAAAAAAUUAAAAAAAUCCACGACAGCAUUAAUAAGUAAUGAUAAGCCUCCAUCGGUGGGGGAAGAAGUUGUUACCGAAGCUUUAGUAGUUUAUAGUACCGCGACUGUAGUUUGGCAAGAUGGUACGAUUGAAUCGGGCAUACCAUCCACGCAGCUGUAUCCAAUUCAUCAUUUGGAUGAUCACGAAUAUUUUCCAGGCGAUUUUGUUUUAUCGAAUGUUGAAGGAUCUGAUGUUUCGUAUCGUGAUUACGGAGUAAUACACUCUGUAGAUCAUCAAGGCCGAACGGCCAGAGUAAGAUGGUUCACAACCUAUACAUCAGCAGAUGAUCCACGGCCUAUAUAUAAAGGGGAAUCUGAAGUAAGCGUUUACGAUCUCAAAGAUCAUCCUGACUUCCAGUACAGACCUGGAACGAUUGUUAUUCGCGUAGCGAAUUUUGUAGGUGAGGAUGCCACUUGCACGGCCGGUCAAAUAAUAGACAAUUACGCGGAUGGUCGUGUUAAAGUUUGGUGGGUCGACGGCCAUAUUAGUAUGUGUUGGCCACAAGACUUAUUUGAGGUUGGACAAUAUGAUGCGGAAAAUAAUUUUUCCGGUAAUAAUGAGUCCGACGAUUCAUGGGAAACAGAAAGUGAAGUGAGCGAACCGGGCGGUACUGCACCAAAAGCAAUAUCCGAACCACAUUUAUUGGAAAAUUUAGAGCGCGCAAGGAUAGCAAUGGCCCGUUUGGAAGAGAUUUUUAUUAUAAAUCCAAAUUUGCAAAACCAUGAAGUGAUGAGAAAAUUGUUGGCUGUGUAUAAGAAAUGUCGAUACUUAGAUAGAUUAAUGAACACUUCAUUCUUUCACGAAGAUCAUUUCAUGGGCCUAUUAGAACGAGUUCGUAAAGGCGGGACUCAAACAAAAUCCGAACGAGCUCAGGAUCAAAAGAAUCGUCUUUUUAACCAAUCUUCACCCAACGUCAAGGUCACAUCACCUACCGCGCCUCAUCCUAAUCCAAUGAAUUCCAUUCUCGUUGAAACUAACGCCCACAAUGAACUAUCAAUUGUUUCGUCGCCACAGGAAUUUUCCACACCAAGCAAGGAAUUUUCGCAAAAUGUUAUUUUAAAUUUAUCCUCGUCUCCGUUGAAGUUAGCUGGAAAAAAGAAAGCUUUUAAUUUCGAUAUUUGUACUACGAAAAAUAGCCAACAGCAACAAAUUAACUCUGUACCGCCGGUUGUUGUAGACGGUCAAGUCAAUUCACAGGAUUUUUGUGCAAAAGGCCUCAAGCUUGAUAGUGAUAGUGAGCAAAUAAUUGCAACUAAUUUACAUUUGUCGAUGAAUAUGUUUGAGAAAAAAGUGUCAAAUAUGGUGAAUAGUACUGAAAAAUUGGUGAGUGAUGACGCACAAACGAACACAAAGGAUAAAGCCCAAAAAUUGAAAGUAACAAAUAAAUCCCAAGAUGAUUCUGGAAAUUAUUCUCGCAACGACUGUUGCGAUGGCAGUUCCACGAGCUAUGAAAGUUCCAGUGAGCUUACAAGCGACGUUAACAACAGCUUACUCAAAGCAACAGAUGAUCAAAAAUCUAUUUCUUGUAGUAGUAUAGAGUUCACUGAAGAUACUCCCGAUUAUGUUUGCGCUCAUUUAUGCGCGCUUUUAAAGGGCCAGUUGAUUAAAGCCCUUCAAGAGAUACAGGAAAAAUAUUGUCAGUCCAAUUUGAACAUUAGUGAAAUUGUAGAAGCGAUUGAGGAUGAUGAAGUAAUAAUAGAAAAUCCCGAAAAACUAGCCCGGAUGCCAAGUGAAGACGACACAGUGCGGAGUAUAGAAGAGGAUCAAGUUGAAGAUAGUGAAAAAGUAGCAGUCACUACGCAAAUGGCAGUAACAUCUCCUGUGGACACAGAUGCUUUCCAAAUAUUAGAUACUGCUCCCAGUUCGCAUAAAUUUCACUUAACUCUAUUCCAUCCAGCUAACCAGCAACAAUAUUAUAAAGCGGUUAGAAGGGAACAUCGUGUCUUGAAAACAUCUCUGCCGCCUGGAGUUUGGGUUAGAGCUUUCGAAGAUCGUAUGGAUCUUUUAAGUGUAAUGAUUGAAGGUCCCAAAAACACUCCCUAUGAGGACGGGUUGUUUUUCUUUGACAUGCAAAUGGGUCGAGACUAUCCAUCUGUGCCACCACUUUGUCAUUAUAUAAGCUACUGUUCGGAUCGCCUAAAUCCUAAUCUCUACGAAGAUGGAAAAGUGUGCGUGUCUCUGCUGGGAACAUGGUCUGGCCGCGAUUCAGAAGUUUGGUCGCCACUCAGUACAAUAUUACAAGUUAUUGUUUCAAUACAAGGUCUGAUACUUGUCCCCGAACCUUAUUUCAAUGAGGCUGGCUUUGAUAAACAAAAGGGUACGCAACAAGGUAAAGAAAAUUCGCGAAUGUACAAUGAAAUGGCGAUUUUGAAGUUAGUUCAAUCAAUGACUAAACUAAUCACUUCUCCACCUGAGUUGUUUCGCACACAAAUUAUUGAUCAUUUUAAAAGUCGAGGUAAAGCGUUUUAUCUUCGCAUAAAGCAGUGGAUGGAAUACUCCCAGGAAAUAAUUAGCCCCGUAACAGACAAACCACCACAAAGCGUAAAUAUUACUAGCUCCGUAACUCUACCAGAUUUCCCACUUGUGCCUGCUAGUCGUGGCUUUUGUCUAACACUAUCUGGUUUAUUGGAUACGUUUAAUCGAAAACUUGAAGCAAUCAUCGAAUAGCCCUCCAUUCAUUAUUGUUGUUCCUAAAAACUAAAAAUUCGAAAAAAAAUGAAAAAUGCAUAAAAAAGAUAUUGUUUACGAUUUUUCAAUUUAUAUUAUAUACUUAUAAGAAAGUUUAGAAUAUUGAUUAAUAAUAGCUAAAUUAUUUACUUAAAAAUGAAGAAAUGAAUUGUUCAAUUUACUGCAUUCAAAUGAAUCAUUUUUUUGUAUUA